AUGCCGAAGCCAGCAAGUUUCGGCAAGUACAAUGACAUGAACUUGACUCUGACAGAUGUACAAAAGGCAGAUGGUUGGCACUACCCGUUAACGAAGGAACAGGAGUGGGACAAGUACGGCUACGUGGUGCGGGACCAGAUCCGCUUUAGCUUGCAUGUUCAAGACGGCCUGGUGGACGUGGUGGAAGACUACUUAGAGACCAACAAAAAGGAUUUCAUUGACAUCAAUUUGCCAGACAAAGAGGGCAAAACACCGCUGAUGGUUGCUGCCAAGAACGGUCAUGCCAAGGUGCUUUCAGCACUGCUGCGAGCUGGAGCCGACAUCGGCCUCGUUGACAAAACUGUGAAGGACAAGAGAAUAACCGCAGUGGACUAUGCCAAGGGAUGGCCCCAUCAACUUGGCAACGAAAGGCGUGAUGAUUGCAUGGAGAUCCUCACAGAGUUUCUGAGGACCGGCCAGGUGCCGGAAGUCCUCUCUGUCCCUGAAGCAUAG